AUGUCGCCUUCCCCUGGAGAUGAGCAACAAUCGCAGGAGACGAGGGCUACCGGUGGUCUUGCCGGCGUUUUCAAAGGGUUGGCAGGCGCUGGGAAAUCGACCAAAUCCCCGCCAAUUCUGCAACAACCGUUCGCACCUAUCCCCGGAGCUCAUACGCUCCCUGGACGAUCCGAUGCCCGUCCUCCGCCGUCUGCCCUCCAUGGGCUCUCCUCUGAGCACUCGGAGUGGUUCAGACACUUGAGAGAUGGGCAGCUGAAUGAGCGGGUCGCUGCUGCGAACUCCUUGCGUUAUGCCAUCUCUGACUUCCCUCUCAACCCGGUCCAUGACAUUUGGAACGCUGCCAAAGACUUGAUCGAUCCUGAGCAGCCGGCACAUGCUCGACAAGCCGCCUGGGAACUCCUUACCGAAUGUAUCAAGUACCCAGCCUCGACCGAGCUCGACCGCCGCGGGUAUUUCCUCACCCUGACAGCGAAAGCUCACUCGGAUGACUUCUAUCUCCAGCUGGCUGCGCUAGAUGACCUGACGAACCGAGGUCGCAAUGUCACGGGGUUCUACUACGAAAUCUUCCCGCUCCUGACCCAAUGGCUACAAGACGCGUACAUGGCUGCGAAGACCGCGCGGCGACAGGCCUCUCGCGAACCCGGCAGGCCUUCCAAGGGGAAGAUUCUGGCGUCUGGCGAGGACAAGAACUUGUCCCAGCUGUUCACGCUCCUCAAGGAUGUCAUCAAAUUCAACUCCAAGUUUGCCACGGAUGCCGUGGUAGGGAAUCUGAUGGACAUACUUCUCAAAAUAUGCAUGAACACGAGCGUGGAAGAUGACCUGAGGGCCUGUAUUCAGGUCAUUGAUGCCGUGGUCACCUUCGGCUCCAUCCCAAACGAUAGGCUGAAGGACUGCAUCCAAGUCCUCAGUUCGAUCCACUGCUUGGUGCCAAACCUGCAGAAGGAUUCGUGGCACACUUUAUCCAUGAUUUGCAAGUCUCAUCAUGGCCAGUCGACCGUCAGGAUAUUGCUAGAUCUAUUGCGGACGUUCUCGACAUCUCCCGACAGGGAAAUGGAUAAAGACCGGGUCAGGGACGUUCGCGGUGCGCUUUCCGUUCUGAAGAAACUCCUGUCCAAGACUGUUGAAAAGGGCUAUCCGGCGGUCCCCUUGGCACUUCUUGUGGACGGGCUUGAAACUGUUGCCAAAAGCGGUUCCACGAGGAUAGCGACUGAGAUUCUGAGGUUGAUCAAUUCAUUAUUCGACGACCGCGAGGGCAAUAUCAAUCCCAUCCUAGUUGAGGAGCAUUGGUCGCCCAUAUUCUCCGUGGCUGCGCAGUGUGCGACCAAGGCGGUCCAUCUGCCGCCCAACACCGAGCCCAAUGCGUCUGCCCUGCCGACAACCGCCAAGGAGGAAGCGGAAUCGGAAGACAACGUGGCACACCAAAUUAGGCGUCUGGUCAACCGGAUCGAGAAGCUGGUGGCUCGCAACGACCCCGAAAUGUUGCAGCACGAUGAAUGCAUGAUGUUUCUGGCUCAGGUCCAACAAGCUCUUCCAGACUCAGCAGCGGCUCUGGUGGUCGCAUAUCUGAAGGAGACUCGGGCUUGUUUCCCUUCAGAAGUAUGCUGGAAGCACAAUCUCGACCUCGUUCUGGACCACUUCUAUCUCAAUCGCGGCCGGGACCCCCCUACUCGACUGCGUGCCCUAGAAACCAUCAUUGAAGUGUACGACUUCCUAUGUCUUGCCGAAGGCCUAGUCGGGGAGGAGUCGGUCGAUGACCUCGUCCAGCGGCUACUUUCUGGGCUGCCCGAGGAGAACGAUAGUCUCGUCCUCCAGGAAACUGUGGCUUUCUUGGUUACUGUGGCCGCCACGGCGGGGGAUCGUCUUUUCGACGGCAUCCAGGAUGCGUUCAGGGGCGUGAUCGCCAAGGACAUGUCCAGGCCACCUCUGUCGGUGUUCGCGCCGGCUCCGCACAAGGCUGACUCCUCCAAUUCCCGCCAGUCGGUGUAUUGUGCGAACCAAAGCCUGUCCAACGUGGUCACGCGGGGCUAUGUCCAGAUAUUCAUCCAAGCAAUGAUCAGCGACGGCUCCAAAACUGCCAAAGCAUACACGGCACUUGUUCAUAUUGCUCGCUCGAACUCGGUUGAAGUCGACGCUCGGCUCACGGCUAUGAAGAUGCUCUUUCGCCUGCGGGCCGACUUCGAACACCAAGUCUACCUCACGAAAUCAACUGGGGCGGAAGCUCUUGCCGGAACCCUGUAUAGGACCGAAGCGUCUCUUGCGCGCAAGUUGGCUGAAGAUGCGGCGCAGCCCGCCAGGCCAUCGAGGCCGGACUACAGCGGAGGACGGCCGACGCGCGGCAUAUCAUUUACUCAGGGCCAGACGGCAGAGAGAGGAGGAAUCCCCAUUCGGUCGGCUUCUACCCCGAAGCCUACCCUCCAGCAGCGUCAAAGGCUCUGGUCGGUGCCCGACGCGGAUGCUCUGCCUGGAUCUCCUCCGGCGAGGCCGAGCCCGCUUCUCGUUUCGCACGAGCGCGACACAAGCGCAACAGUGUUGAACAUGAAUUCCUGGCUGGAGGCUCUGUUGAGUCUCCUCGUCCAAGGGUGCGAUUGGGAGGUCUACAGCUUUAUCCUCGUCCACCUCCCGGCCCAGCUCAGCAAUCACCCCCUGUUCCGGGGUUGCGUCCCUCACAUCCAGGAACUCCGGCGGCUGAUUUGCGAAAUGAUCCGGUCGAACAGCUUCCAGGAGCCGCCGCAUUCGUCGGGCCUUCGCCGCACCGACGUCGCCAACUGCCUGUUCCACUCCCUGAUCAUGGUCACCAGCUACCACCAUCACUUCCAGAAGGUGGACGAGGACGAGAUCGUGAGGACUUUCAUGCAUGGGAUAUCAGACAAGACGGCAAAGACAUGCAUCCACGCGCUCUCGGUGUGCUCUCAUGAGCUGCCCAUGUCGGUGAGCAAGUCCCUGGUCACGAUCCUGCAGAAGAUGUCGCAGGUCAUUACCCAGCCGUUGGUGGCGAUGCACAUCCUGGAGUUCUUAGCCUGCCUCAGCCGCCUGCGUCCGCUGUACUCCAACUUCCGCGAGGACGAGUACCGCAUCGUUUUCGGCAUCUGUUUCAGAUACCUCCAAUACGUCCGCGAGAAGAAACUGGCCAUUCGUGCCAGCGUGGCGAGCGAACCGACUACGCCGAGCGUCGGCACGGCGCAUCAGCCCGACGUCCUCGCUCAACAACCGGCCGUGGAUGAUCUCCCGCAGUACGUCUAUGCGCUCGCAUACCAUGUCAUCACGUUUUGGUUCCUUGCUGUCAAGCUGCCCGAUCGACCCAACCACAUUGGCUGGAUUACCAAGAACCUGUUCACAGAUGUAGACGGGAGCGCCAGUAAUGAGGAGCACGCACAGAUUACUCUCGACUUCAUGCAGCGUGUGGCUUUUUCGGAUGCCAGCGAUUCCGCCCAGGACCCUCAGUUUAAGGAACAAUACUUUGGCGAGAUUCAGAAAAAGCGGUGGGUCAUUGGAAACAGCAUCGUCACGAUUCGGCAGGCCACCGGGUCAUCCUGGGCCGAGAUCACGCGUCGCUAUCCUUCUGGCACGUCGUCGUAUGCGCUGCGUGUCGAGUUCACGCCGACGCCGGAUCUGCCAGCCCCUGACGGCUCCGACGCGGCGGCGUGGGAAGGGCGUUUCCAGCAUGGCAUGACCAUCUUCCCAAGCCACCUGUUAAUGCAGCUGCUGGCCCCGAUGCCUCAACUGUACGACCCGACCAUCCGGCCGAUCCCGCUUCCCGAUGAGGACGGGGUCGACCGAGCGAUCCGCGUCUUUGAUCGGAACUCGCCUGUGGACGGUCAUAAGGUGGGUGUCAUCUACAUCAAGGAAGCCCAGACGCAGGAGACCGAGAUCCUGGCCAACACGGUCGGUAGCCCGGACUAUCUCCACUUUCUCAAAGGGUUGGGCGCCUUGACGAAGCUGAAAGGGGCGACCUUCAACACUCAAGGCCUCGACCGGGAAAAUGAUAUGGAUGGACAGUAUACGUAUUGUUGGCGAGAUCGGGUCACGGAGAUUGUCUUCCACGUAACGACACAGAUGCCGACCAACCCGGAGACUGACCCACAAUGCAUCAUGAAGAAGCGGCAUAUCGGCAACGACUACGUCAACAUCGUCUGGAACGACUCGGGCGUGCCCUUCAAGUUCGAUACGUUCCCGUCCCAGUUCAACUACGUCUACAUCGUCAUCACACCCACGCCGUUCCGCCCCUUCACCGCCUGUCACAUGCAGCAAGAGGAAGACAGCCCGCGGUUUUGCAUGGUGCAGGUCAUAAGUCGAGCGGACUUCCCCGAGAUCUCGCCCGCGGCGGAGCCGAAGAUGAUCAGCCUCAAGGCGCUCCCCACCUUCAUUCGGCUGCUCGCGCUCAACGCCUCGGUCUUCUCGCUCGUCUGGGCCCGCAGGGAGGCGGGUGAGCAUGUGUCCUCGUGGCGUGAACGUCUCCGCCAGAUCAACGAGCUGCGCCGCCGCUACGGCCCGAAGGGAAGCCAUCCCGUCGCGCCCUCACCGCCGCCCGGCGCGAUCAACACCACUGCGGUGGCUGCGGCGGCGGCUGCAGUAGCAGCAGCGGCGGCCAGCGGCGCGUCCGUCAUGGGUGGCCACCACCAAACCGCCAACCAGGGACCGUCAUUGGGAGGAGGAGGCGGAGGAGGAGGCGGCAGCGGCAGCGGCACCGAUGGCAACGCCAUGGCUCCUGGCAUGGGUAGCAACGCGCCGCGGGGGGGAGGCAUGCGAGACAGCUUCAGCAGCAGCCUGCGGAGGUCGUCGGUCGCGACCUUCUUUACCAGUGCCACAAGCGCCGACCAGUCGCAUCGCUCGAGCAUGCUGUCGACGGUGACAACGGAGAAUACCGAGGUGCUGCAGCCGAGCACGGCGGAGGCGUUGGUUGACUCGGUGGAUUUCUCAAAGUGGACUUGA